AUGUCCGGGUCUAUCAGUUCCACAAGCACAAACUCUGGAUUUGGAUUACUGAGGUUUAGAAGAUCUCUUCAAAAGAUUUCUUCAUGUUCAGAUAUUCAUCCCAAACCCCAUAAACAUAAUUCCAGCUCCAAUGUAUUGAAAAAGAUCCGGUCCGGUUUACUGAGAAGAUCGCUGUCUAAAUCCGAUAUUCCAUCUCAGUCUCAAUCUUCAAUACAAUCUCAACCACAGUCUCCAAUGCAAACUGAUAACCGUAACUACGUUUUUGGUGAAGAUGAAUUAAGAAGACACCCUGAAUUUACGCCGUUGUCGCCAGUGUCUUCACCCCUUGGAACACAAACCCCUCCCCUUGAAUUUGAUGAUUUGUUUCUCUUGCCAAAUUUCGAAGAUGCUAGAUUCAGAAAUUUCGCGGGGACAAACGGAGAAGAGUACAUUAGUGAUAUUGAUCAAGAUGAUGAUACGUCUUCGAUCCAAUCAUCAAUAGAUUCUAUCCACUCAUUGUACGGUCACAUUCAAUACAUUUACACGGACGAUCUUUACGAUAAGAAGUCCAUGGCCAACUUUGAUAAGGAAGAAGAAAGAAGACAAUUGAGAGAACAAAUGUUACGGGAAUUGGAAGCUUAA